CGCGCGCGUCCCUCCUGCACGGCACCACCUCAGCUCCAUCGAUCCAAGGGAAGAAAAAAAAAAGAAAGGGAGGAGGAGGCGGCCAUGUCGAGCCUGAUGGACAAGGCGAAGGGGUUCGUGGCGGAGAAGAUCGCGCACAUCCCCAAGCCGGAGGCGUCGCUGGAGAGCUUGUCGUUCAAGGGGAUGAGCCGCGAGUGCAUCACCGUCCACAGCAACGUCAACGUCUCCAACCCCUACGACCACCGCCUCCCCAUCUGCGAGCUCACCUACACCCUCAAGUGCGCCGGCAACGUUGUGGCGUCCGGCACGAUGCCCGACCCGGGGUGGAUCGCGGCGAGCGACACGACCAAGCUGGAGAUACCGGCGAAGAUCCCCUACGACUUCAUCAUCUCGGUGGUGAAGGACGUCGGCAGGGACUGGGACAUCGACUACGAGCUGCGGGUCGGCCUCACCGUCGACCUCCCCAUCGUCGGCAACUUCACCAUCCCUCUCUCCACCAGCGGCGAGAUGAAGCUCCCCACCCUCAAGGACCUCUUCUAGCUAGCUAGCUAAUAUCCAUGUCCAUCAACCACAACCUCUGCUGCUCCCAUCGAUCGAUCCUCUCGCAAAUAACGCCAGCCCUGCUCGAUCUGUCCUUGUGUGUGCUGUGUUCUUGACACAUUGAACGCGACUGUACAAGCACCUUCCCGGAUUACCUGUACUCCUAAUGAUUGCAAUAAUGAGCUACAAGAACUGCACCUUUCUUGUUUGUGUCA